GGAAGUCAGUCAGGCUGCCUCUGCCCAAGGUGAAGAGCUCUUAAACUUCAUGUGGAGAUGGCAGCUCCCGAGUUCACCGUCAGUGCCCUGGUGUUUGUGUUGCUCAUUUGUUCUGUGGCUGGUUACCCCAGUGGAAAAGUAGUAAUGUCCUGUGGUGGGAUGAUCCCCCAACAUGGCCACAGGCCACAGUCCGAGCCUGUUCACCAAAUCACAGUGAGUCAGAUGAAGUUCAAACCUGGAGACCAGAUCCAAGUCACUUUAUCAGGGCCUCAGUUUAGAGGCUUUCUCUUAGAAGCUCGUGAUGCCGAGGAUCUGAGUGGCCCUCCUGUUGGCUCCUUCACACUGAUUGACAGUGAAGUGUCGCAGCUUCUGACUUGUGAAGAUGUGCAGGGUUCAGCCGUGAGUCAUACGUCUCCAUCCAAGAAGACAGAAAUUAAAGUCUACUGGAAUGCUCCAAGCAGUGCCCCAAACCACAUACAGUUUCUAGUCACAGUUGUUGAGAAGUAUAAAAUCUACUGGGUGAAGAUUCCUAGUCACAUAAUUUCACAACCAAAUGCUCCUACCUUCACGACGCCUAAAGCUACAACACAACCUAUGACAACCUCACCUUCUGUCUCCCAGUUAACCAAGCCAUUCAGUGCUUCCGAGUGUGGGAACAAGAAGUUCUGUGUUAGGAGUCCUUUGAACUGUGACCCAGAGAGUGAGCCUGCCUGUGUCUUCUUGUCCUUCACCCGAGAUGACCAGACGGUGAUGGUUGAGAUGAGUGGUCCCAGCGAAGGCUACCUGUCAUUUGCAUUUUCUCAUGACAGAUGGAUGGGUGAUGACGAUGCUUACUUGUGCAUUCGAGAAGAUCAGACAGUGUAUAUACGGCCCUCCUAUCUGACAGGGCGAAGUUAUCCUGUGAUGGAAUCCACCAGGGUGCCUUAAUGUUUGUGGCAUGGAUGACCACAGUUAGCAUAGGAGUACUGGUUGCCCGGUUCUUCAGAUCUGUGUGGUCCAAAGCUUUCUUUCUUGGUGAAGCAGUUUGGUUUCAGGUGCAUCGGAUACUCAUGCUUGCUACAUCUGUGCUCACCUGCAUUGCUUUUGUUAUGCCUUUUGUGUACAGAGGAGGCUGGAGUCGGCAUGCAGGCUAUCACCCAUACCUUGGUUGCACAGUGAUGACUUUAGCUGUCCUUCAGCCUCUGUUGGCAACCUUCAGACCACCUUUACAUGACCCAAGGAGGCAAGUGUUUAACUGGACUCACUGGAGUGUGGGGACAGCUGCUAGAAUAAUAGCAGUGGCUGCCAUGUUCCUAGGAAUGGAUUUACCGGGACUGAAUCUCCCCAGUCCACAGAAGACCUAUGCAAUGAUGGGGUUUGUGGUCUGGCACAUUGGCACAGAGGUGCUUCUGGAGAUACAUGCUUAUCGGCUCUCUCGAAAAGUUGAAAUAUUGGACGAUGAUAGAAUUCAGAUCCUUCAGUCACUAACUGUUGCUGAAGCAGAGGGCCAUGUUUUUAAGAAGGUGGUGUUGGUGAUUUACAUAUGUGGAAAUAUGAUUUUCCUCGUGAUAUUCUUAUCUGCAAUCAACCAAGUAUGAGCAAGCGAAGACUUUUUUUGUGGGCCUGGGUCUUAUCGCAACAAGGAGACCUGAAGCUUAUGCUGACUACCUGGAGUAUGUUUUAAUUUGAAGACCCAUGGGCAUGGCAGGAGAGGAAUUCUGAAGUCUGGUCUAUCUAGAUUAUAUUUAUAACCUGUGCAUUGAUGCUAAUCAAGCCUUCAAGUGUUAGUGGGCAUCUUAAAAGGGACAUUGUACUUGAGGUGACAAGGAGUCUCAACAUCCCAUGCCAGAUUUAAAACAGUAACCUAGAAUGAUUAGCAAAUGAAGGUAGGUAUUUCAGGCAAAGGAUAAAUGGAGAUUGUAUCUUUGGGGACAAGGCAGGCUUUGUGUAACCCAGGCUGGCCUCCAACUGACUGCAUAGCCAAGGAUAACCCUGAACCUAUCUUUCUGCCUCUGCUUCUGGGUGGUGGGAAUACAAGUGCGAAAGCAACACUAUAUCUGAUUUUCAGGGGACUGUAACUUUCAUGACAAUGCUGCUGUGAGUCCUGAAAAGGAAACAUUUAUGUUGACUAGUUUUCUUAGAGAUCUUAGAGUUUUAAACAUCUUUAUAUUUUGUUGCUUUUAUGAACACACACCCACACACCCACACAGACAUCCCAAACAAAGAAAACCUACAAGAACAAAACAUGUUUUCCAGUCCAGGCUUUGGGACGUUUUCUUUGCUGUGUGUGUUCCAUUACUUCUGGUUAAAGGUGGAGAUGUGGUUGAUUUAUCUCGGUAUACAUUUCAUUAACAUUUAAUUAUAUUAUGAAUAUUGCAUUUUCCUUGUUAGCAGUGAAGUGCAAGUAGGCAUCUUAUUCUGAGAGAUACCAUUUAUCUUUUCAUCCAUGGAGCUGGAACAGCAUUUUGUUUUUUUUCAGCCCUAAGAUUAGUAACUGUAGGAGAGAGAGAGAUCAAAGUCAUGAAUUUCACAUUUGCUAAAACUCGCCGUUGUGAGAGUGUCCAGCGGGUGUUCUCGUCUCUUGUGAAGGUAAAAUAACAUGGAUGGGUUCCCUUGGAACAUCCUUGGUGCUCUAAUAAUUCAGCACGGGGCUGUGCCGUUUUCCUUUCUACACACCAUUUCCAACCCAAUGCUUGCUAUGAGGGCUUACAGCCAGUGGGUGGCGCUGUAAUACCAGCGGAUUUAUUUGUUCUUUUUUUUUUUUUUUUUUUUUUUUUUAAUGGGGCUAUUUCCUUACACUCUAAGGUUCUUAACUUUUUUUUCUUUUUGGGUUAGGAUAAUAGGUGCUAGAAACUUAGAGACUGGUGCUAUUACAUUCUGAUUUGAUUUUUUUGCUUUUUUUAAAAAAAUAUUUAUAAUGAUUGUUUGAUGUUUUCUUUUAUAUUCCUCAAACCCUGUAGCAAAUGAAGAUAAUUUUCUUAGGCAAAGGCAACAAGUGAAAUUGGACAUUUUUAAAAAAUAAAAUAAUUGGGAGGGUAUAUUUUAUUUCUUUGGGUAUUCUUUCCAAUUAUGAUAUAAUUUCUACUUGGCCCUAGGACCCUAUUUCUGUCUCUGAGUCAUGAUCUCAGCAUCAUGUUUUUAUUUCUAACCAAUAAAGUGAAAUUUUUCUUUUUUUUUCUU